GAACACAAACACAAAGGCCUUGGCUGUAUGGAGGAUGGCUGCUGACGACGAUGAUAGUGAUGACAGAUGCAGGACGAAGACGACAACAUAAGGACGGCCAUACGCAUGCAGUAUGCGUGGGAGGAGCUGAGCAAUACAUUGACGAAAACAGACGCAAGACGAAGACAACGUGACCAGGGACGGGGACAGCGACGAUGACGACAGCACUUGUGAGUAACUAAACAAUAAUUUAGACAAAGCAAACAGAAUGAUAACGAUAACGAUAACGAUAAACGAUAAACAAAAAUAAAUAAGUAGCAACAACAAGAAGUACACACAUAUGUAACUGAAUGUAUGUAAUAAUAGCGUAAACGAGCCGCCGCAUAAUAUUGCGAAUUUAACUAAAUAACAAACAACAACGGAAAAAAUCACACACUCACACACUUUACUUUACCCAAAAAAAUUAAAUAGACAUAUUCAAUGCAGCUUCGUCUAGUUCGCUUUUAAAUUGUUCCAAGAGAGAAUUCGUUCUUUUUCUUAUUUGUGUUGUUGUUGUUGGUUGUUUGUUGUGGUUCUUCAGUCGAGAGAGAUAGAGAUCCUCGUAGACCCUUUUGUAUGUAUGUACACCUAUGGUUUAAUACUUUUUUUCUUUUGCCUAUUUACACAUAAAUAGUUGUUGUAAUGAAAUUUAGCGUUUUUGAAACGACAAUGAGAAAAGGAUAAUAUGAGUUUUGACUUAACAAUUUAGACAUUAAACAUUUCAAAUGUGCGCCGAAAUUUACAAUUAUCGUAAAUUAUUAUAUAUAUAUUUAAAUACAUACAUAUAUAAAACGAUUGUAAUUUCACGCAAAAACAAAAAAAAAAGUUCAUUCAAAGUACUGCAUAAUAAUUCUAGUUAAUAAUUGAGAAGAGAAAGCAUUCACACAGCAAACAAAACAAACACACACACACCACACCCACAAAAAAACACACACUACACAACCACAUGCAAACAAACAUCCAUACGUACAUAGUGAAGAAAGGGAAGUGAAAACAACAACAUUACGAGCAGCAUAAUAAUAAAUAUAUGAUUAUUAUAAUUUAUAUUAUUCCCAAAAUUAAAAAUAACAGCCAAACAAAAUUCCAUUAUGUGUCAUUGUGAUUGGAAAGCGGGGCAAAGAUUGCGGUGUUGGCAAGGAGUGGGGGGGCGUUGAUCGAUCCGAUUGUUUAAGAAUGCUUACACACUCGUUCAUUGAGUCAUGUGCAACUUUAAGGGCUGCACAAAUACUUGGAAAAACUUUUCACACAAACUACAUAUGAACUAUUAUGAUAAUUAAAAUAACAUAAAUAUUUAGAAUAUAAAAUAAUACAAACUAGUGUUUAUGCAUUAAGUGACUUUUAUUUAUCGAAAUAAAAUGCCCAUUAUUAACAGCAAUACAGGGUAUACAACAACAGAGUCAACUUGCACUUCAGCUGUUUGUGCAGCCCUGGCAGCGAUCAGCUGUUAUUAAAUCUCGGCGCCAAUCAAAAGGGAACGGAGCAAUUUAGUUUAUUACUUUUGUAAAAUAUGUAUAAACGUUUUAGAAAAUCAAAAGAGCAAAUAAUAAUUGCCGAAAAUAGCAGCAGUGAUGAAGAAAAAAAUGUCGAUGAAGUGAGCCAAAUUAUUGUGCGAAGACGUCCUGCAAAUAAUCAAAAAUAUGUGCCAAUCUGCCGCAGUAAAACUGAACGCCUCGAUGAUUCUCGUAUUUCAGAUGCGAGCACCGAUGGCGAGCAAGAGCAAGAGAAUAAACGCUGUUUAUUAAACUCGAACAGAUGUCGCGAUAAUUCCAAGGCGUUGCAUUUAACGCCUAGCAAUAAAUUCCAGCCACUAUCAGUGGCUAUUAGUGGCAAGAAGAUGUCACCAGUUUCAUUAUCAUCGUCGCCAACUCUAAACAACCUGAAGAAGUGUUCGCCGAAAACGCCGUCCGCUGUGGUUAUAAGUGUAAAAAAUAUAUCUCCAACUUCAUCAUCAUUAUCGACAACUCUAUGCAACCUUACGAAGUGUUCUCCGGGAACGCCUCCAACAGCUUGGCAUAGUUUGAGGCGCACACUUGCCACCUUGAAGCGUGAGCGAAGUGUGUUGCAAACCUCCAUUCUAGACGCUAGUUACGUUGACAGCACCCCGAGUCCAUCGCUGGAGUCGAACCUAUCCACAUUAAUUGCCAAGCAGCCCAUGCUACACAAUGCCAAAGUCUACUCAGCUCAGAAGAAACAUCGCUGUGUUAAAGGUGGAUAUUUACAGGAAUACAAGCGUCUUAUUCAAAAACAGCGCAUGGAUCGUCGCAGUCUGCAGCACAAUCAACGCCUGGGCAUCAGUCCAGGACAACGAGUUCAAGUGGUGGGUAUCAACGAAUCCUUUGGCGUGCACAUGGCGCGGGUUCAAGAGAUAGAAGGCGACGCAAACAACUUCAAUGUGAUUGUGGAUCGCCAGAUGGCAGCGAGAAUCGUUGUGGGAUCGAAUUUGGAACUUUACUUCGACCCCAAGGCGGAGGCACCGUUGCAGAUGUCGAAUAAACAGCUCGUCUAUAUAGAACCGAAUAAGUUAGUUUUAUUAUAGUGAUACUUAUGCUAAAUACUUUGUAAAUACAAAUAAAAGUAGGAAUAGUUGUUGAUCAUAAAUAAACAUAGCUAGCGUCGCUUUUUCUUUUCCAAUUUGCGUAUUUUGUGCAGGCGUCGCGCAUUUGCACUGUUUGGCGUAGGUUCAUCAAUGAGGCCCCGUCCUUCGUCCUCGUUAGCAUCUAAGGAUUCAUUGCCGCUCAUUAAAACUGCGGCCGAGAUGCAGACAAACUGAAAGAUUGCUCCGACGAAGAGACCAUAACGCACUAGCAUACUGAAUAGGUCUUCCUCGCCAUAUUUGUCCAAAGACGCUGCAACGCCCAAAUUUUCAGUCGACAUUUUAAAAA